AUGCUUGAAGAGGCGAGCAAAUAUGUGUUGCGUCAACUUUUCGUUACUGUUAGCUCGAAGCUGUGUUUUGCUGUCAAACAGCAGCUUUCACUAUUGAAAAGCUUUACCUGUGGAGGAGACUUUUUGGCUGAGAGCUCUUCAACUGAUGUUGAUUUCUCCAACAAGGCAGACCAGUUUGAGGACAUUCCCGACUCCUUCAUUGAUAUUCCUAGCAAAUCGUAUCCCCUUGUCAUUACUUUUAGUAAGUUUCUGAUGAUGCUAGAUGGAAGCAUCGGUGUCUCAUAUUUCGAGAGAUUCCCUCAAUCAAGAGACAUAUGUCGGGAGAAAGUCGGAGCUGCAAGAUCCCUUGCCUUGCAAGCAUUCCUACAAGAGAAAGAGGUCAACUACGAGAAGUUUUGUGCAGUUUAUUGGCCUCAUUUCAAUGAAAGGCUUACGAGAAAUCUGGACCCUUCAAGAGUAUUUACAGAGAUAAUAUCUCACAUCAAAGGAAGUCUCCACGUGGGGAGCUUUUGUAGUGGCAGGCUCAGCAGGACCGACUAUGUCUCACUCUCGGAUGGUCGUGGAUCACAUCUAACCCAGAAGGAACGGCAUAAAGUGUACGAUGUUUUUCUUGAGUAUGAAAAGAAGAAGUUAGAGAGGGGAGAGUUUGACCUUUCAGAUGUUGUGAAUGAUCUACACUCCCGUCUCGGAUGCAAAAAGAUAAGAGGCGACGAUAUGGACUAUGUUUAUAUCGAUGAAGUUCAAGAUCUCACUAUGAGGCAGAUCGGUCUUUUCAAGUACGUUUCUCACAAUUUUGAGGAGGGCUUUGUCUUCUCGGGAGACACUGCACAGACAAUCGGGAGGGGAAUCGAUUUUAAGUUUGAGGAUGUGCGGCGGUUGUUCUACAAUUAUUUUAUGCAGGAAACUGUAGGUGGAUGGAAGAUCUCCAAGAUUUUUCAGUUGUCCCAGAAUUUCCGGAUGCAUUCUGGCAUCCUCAAGCUAGCGCAGAGCGUCACUGACCUUCUGUGCCAUUUCUUCCCAUUAUUUGUCGAUGUUCUGGGGCAAGAAACGAGCCACAUUUGCGGUGAAAGCCCAAUUUUCCUUGAGCUAGAGAUGAACCAAAACUCAGUAGUGUCUAUUUUUGGUGAGAGAGGGAAUGUUGCAGGCCUUGGGCCAGAGCAGGUCAUCAUAGUUCAUGAUGAUCGUGCACGAGAGGAAGUUCUCGGACAUGUUGGAAAGCAAGCCCUUGUUUUAACUUUAACGGAGUGCAAAGGAUUGGAGUUUCAGGACGUGGUGCUGUACAACUUUUUUGGUUCAUCGCCAAUGAAGAAUCAAUGGAGGGUCGUGUACGAGUACAUGAUGGGCCGGAACUUGCUCGAUAAUAGCUUCAGUGGUCGCUACCCACAGUUCAAACCAGCAAGGCACAACAUCUUGUGCUCAGAGUUGAAGCAAUUGUACGUUGCUAUCACCCGGGCAAGGCAAAGGCUUUGGAUUUGUGAGAACAACAGGCAGUUUGCGGGAGCGAUGUUGGAUUAUUGGAGGAAGCUCAGCCUCAUCCAAUGUAAGACGGAGAAACUCGACAGCAGCAGACACUAUGCGUAUCCAAGGGCAUGAACAUGCUCUCUCCUCGAACUUCAUCAAUUCAUCAUGUAAAUUAGUUAUUAUGCAAAUUUGUUCUUAAGCUUUGUUGUACUUGGGCAACAAGAAUGCUAGCAAGUGGUAUAAUAAGACUCAUUUUGCC